AUGGAAUUGUCAAUUUUGCUCGGCAGUCUUUCAUCGCUUAGACCAUCACAAGCGACAUAUAGCUACCCGUAUGAUAUACACACUUUUUGGAAGCAAGGGCCGUGGGUGGUGCUGAUGAAUGGCGCUCAGAUAGCUCACAGAAGCCUUUCAGAUGUGGAUUCUGCGGCUCUCAUUACAAACGAGGGUGUGUAUGCUAUGCAUAAUGGAUCAAUGCAUGAACUGACGUUGGAGGUUUGUCAAGAGAUGUCUUGCGGCGACACUGGAAGUCUUGUUCUGCCCGUAUACAUGCCGGUCAGGCCAUCCCAGGGCCUCGAAUAG